AUGAACGAAGGAUUGAAAUCCCUUGAGAAAAUUAACAACCAUUUAAUGAUACAUCAGCAGAUCCAAAAACAAAAUCAGCUUCCUUCACCAAAUUCGCCAAUGAAAUAUGGAGAUUUCAAGAAUAUUGGUAGAGGUAAUUUUGGAGAUGUUUAUAGGGCAACUGAUUAUUCUUCUAAACCAAUUAAUGGAAAACCAAAAUAUGUUGCAUUAAAAGUAAUUAAUAUGGAUGAUUCAACUGAUGAUAUGAGACAGAUUUUUAAGGAAAUUCAAUUUUUAUUCAAAUUAAGACAUGAUAAUGUUGUUAAAUAUAUUAAAAGUUUUGCACAAGAAUCUAAUUUAGUUAUAGUAAUGGAAUAUUGUGGAGGUGGUUCAUGUUCUGAUUUAAUUAAAUAUCAUAAAAAAUUAUCAGAAUCAAUUGUUAGUUAUAUAAUUAGACAAGUUUUAUUAGGAUUAUCAUAUUUACAUGAUGAACAUAAAGUUCAUAGAGAUAUUAAAUCAGCAAAUAUAUUAUUAACUGAUGAUGCCAAGGUUAAAAUUGGAGAUUUUGGAGUUAGUUCAGAUAUAACAUUAACAAAAUUAAAAAAACAAACAUUUGUUGGUACACCAUUUUGGAUGGCACCAGAAGUUAUAACAAGAGGUUCAAAUAAUCAUUAUAAAUAUAAAAGAUAUGAAGGUUAUGAUUAUAAAGCAGAUGUUUGGUCAUUAGGUAUAACUGUUAUUGAAAUGAUUACUGGAGCACCACCAUUAUCAGAAUAUGAUCCAUUAAAAAUAAUAUUUGAAAUUCCAAAAAGAAAAUCACCAGAAUUAAAAGGUAAUAAUUAUUCAAAUGAUAUAAAAGAUUUUGUAAAACAAUGUUGUUGUCAUGAUCCUGAAAAAAGACCAAAUUGUAAAAAAUUAAUAGUACAACCUUUUGUUAAAAAACCUUUAAAAACAAAUGAAAUUAUAAAAAAUGAAUUAAUUAAAUUAAUAGUUUCGAAAAAUGCACAUUUAAAUACAAGAAAUAGAUCAAAACCAAGACAUAAAUUAAAUUUAAAUUUAAAUUUAGCUGAAAAUUUAGGUAAUAAACCAUUAAAAAUGAUUGAUGAAGAAGAUAAUGAUGAUAAUAAUAAAAAUAAAAUUGAAUGGGAAUUUACUCGAACAUUUCAAGCACAAAUGGAUAAAGAAAAUAAUACUCCAUAUACAAAAGUUAAUAACAAUAAUAAUAAAAUUAAAACCGAAUCAAAACUUAAAAAUUUAAUAUUUGAUAAUGAAUUAAAUAAUAUUGAUGUUAAAUUAACAAAAAAUGAUAUUGAAGAAGAUGAAGAAAAUAAAAAUUUUGAAAUUGAAAAUUCAUUUAAUGAAUCUAAAACUCCAUAUUCAAGAUUAAUAAAACUUCAUCAACAAGCAUAUCCAAAUCAACCAAAAUAUCAAUAUCAAGUAUUUCCUGAUAAUGAUAAUGAUGAUAUAAAUGAUCAAACUUCAAAAAAAUCAAUUUUUUUCCAAAGUUUAAAUCAAGUAUUAGAAAGAGGUAAAGAUGAAACAACUCAAAAAUGUGUAUUACAAUUAAUUCAAGUUAUGAAUCGUUAUGAAUUAAAUAAUCCUGGAUUAUGUCAUGCAUUAGUUGAAGAAAUUGAAAAAUUAUUAUGA